UGGACGGCGCAUAGCUAAAAACGAAGUACAGUGCAACGCCAUAAUUCACUAAUACAUCAUAAAUCGUUGAAAGUACUCGCGUUAUAACGACCUAGAGAAAUCUAACAAAUCAAGCCCCCCUCCUCCCGACUACUCAGUUGUUAGCCUGUGCUCUGUAAAACAACUAAAUGAGUUCUUACUUUGUAAACUCGUUCUCAGGGCGCUACCCGAAUGGCCCCGACUAUCAGCUGCUAAAUUAUGGAGCCAGCAACGGCGCAAUGAACAGCGGGACGUACAGGGACUCCUCCUCUGCCACAAUGCACCAUGCGACUGGCUCUUAUGGCUACAGCUACAAUGGCAUGGAUCUGACCGUAACCAGCCGAGGAGGGGGGGGCAGCAGAGCCGCAAACACCGGAGGACACUUCGGUGGAGGCUCUGCGGUCGAGGACUCCCGGGGCUUCGGCUUCAGACAGCCGGUCAGUUGCUCGCUUGCUCCCCCGGGAAAUCCUCUCUUGACAGGCGGUCGUGAGAGCAACAAACUGGGCACACAGAGAUCGUCUCCCCCCUCAGAGCAACCAGGAAGCAGCAACCUCAGCUCUCCAAACCUGUGUUCAUCCACGAUGGCCGGCGGCGUGGCGCGGCGCUUCACAGAGAUUGAAGACGCUUCACCAGACAGCGAGGACCUGCUCCUUCCUGGGGAAGCCAGUCACGGGAGUAAUCCACGGCCCAAAACCGGGCACUCGCAAGCUGUUCAGAAACAAGAAGGCAGCCCGGCGGGAUCAGCUGCUGGCAGUAUGGGCAGCGACGCGCAGACACCCCAGAUUUUCCCUUGGAUGAGAAAACUACACAUUAGCCAUGAUAUGACGGGCCCGGACGGGAAACGGGCGCGGACAGCGUACACCCGCUAUCAGACUCUGGAACUGGAGAAGGAAUUCCACUUCAACCGGUACCUCACGCGGCGGCGGCGCAUCGAGAUUGCUCACGCACUCUGUCUCACGGAACGACAGAUCAAGAUCUGGUUUCAGAACCGGAGGAUGAAGUGGAAGAAGGAUAACAAGUUGAAAAGCAUGACUUUGGCGACGACUGGCAGCGCCUUCCAACCGUAGGAGUAAAAUCCCUUUCAAAGAACCUGGUCGUUCAGCUCGAUGACUCGUUAUCUAAGACUGGAGGGAGGGAGGCAAACAGGACAGAAAGCGCAAAGAAAUAACAAAAACCAAAAAGAACAUCAACAUAAAAACUAAAGAAGAAAGCCUACGGGACUGGAGUAAAACCAGGGCAAUGAAGAAAAUAGUCCAGGAUAAACCGAGACGUCAACUUUUGAUUUAUAAAACAAUGUAUGUUCUCAGAUUAGAAGCUGUAUACAGUACAGCAGCGCAGCACUUUUCAUUCGAUUGCUAUAGCGGUGAUUCAGGGCCACAGAGGAAUAAUGACUGGUACUCUUAUGAACUGACAGCCAACACAC